AUGGCUUUGAAACUUGACAUGUCAAAGGCUUAUGAUAGGGUCGAAUGGUCGUUUCUUCAGAGUGUGAUGACCCAAAUGGGCUUCCCUCUGCCUUGGGUGAUGUUAAAUGGCAAUCCACAAAUGCCCUUUGAUCCGGGAAGAGGUCUCCGUCAGGAUGACAAUGUUAUAUUUGCGAAAGCAACCUUGGAGGAAGCAAAUUGUGUGAAACAUGUUCUUGCUUCUUAUGAAAAGGUUUCAGGGCAGGUCAUUAAUCUUGACAAAUUGAUGCUUUCCUAUAGCCUAAAUUUGCCCAGUCCCCGCUUCGAUGAGCUCAAAAGGAUUUUGAAUAUAAAGACGGUGGAAAGCUAUGAUAAGUAUUUGGGGCUCCCUGCCAUUAUUGGUAAGUUGAAAACUCAAAUAUUUAAUUUUGUCAAGGAAAAUGUUUGGAAAAAACUAAGGGGUCGGAAGGAGAGUUCUCUUUCCCGGAUGGGUAGAGAGGUUAUGGUAAAGGUGGUUGCUCAAGCCAUUCCUUCCUAUGCGAUAUCUUGUUUUAUGUUGCCUGGUGGUAUAUGUGCAAAUAUAGAGCGAAUGAUUAGCAAGUUUUAUUGGAGUGGAGAUGCCUCUAGGUGGAGUAUUCACUGGCUUAAGUGGGACACUUUGUGUCGAUCUAAGUUUGAUGGAGGAGUGGACUUUAGGGAUUUCAAGGCUUUUAAUACAGCUAUGCAAAGAAGGGUAGCCGUCCUAGCUUUGCUUGCACGAGUAUCUUUCUUACAAGAUGGGUUUUUAAGGAUGGGGCUCGCUGGAAGGGAGGAUCUUGCACAAAGUGCAAACUUGACAGUGGUUUCUCAGUUGUUUCUUCCUAGUGCACAGGUGUGGAAUAAGGACCUGGUGGAGAUGAUUUUUUGGCCUCCAGUAGCAAAAUUAAUUCUCCAGAUACCUCUCGCUUUAACAGCAAGAGAUGAUGAGCUGUUUUGGCCUCACACAAUUGACGGCUUGUAUUCUACCAAGUCAGGUUAUGGUUUUAUUAGGCAGCAGAAGCUCUCUCGAAUGGUGUCUUCUUAUGCUGCGCAUAUUGCUCCAAUUAAGUUUUGGAAAUCUCUGUGGCAUGUCCAAGCCUUACCUCCCUGUAAGGAGGUCUCUUGGAGGGCGGUGCGAGGCAUUUUAUCAGUGAGAAAGCUUCUGCAAAUUCGUGGUAUUGAUGUGGAGGAUGGCUGUCCUUUAUGCCAUUCAACCCUAGAAACAAUCGACCAUGUGCUCUUACUGUAUCCGGUUUCAGCACGCUGGUGGGUUGUGGGUGCAAUCCGAUAG